ACACUGAUCCUAAUUCACAGUUUCUAAAUAAAAAAUGAGUUUCAAUAAAUAUAAAAGUCAUGUGGAAGAAGGAGACACAGCUAUUGUGUACACUGGCUUUGAUUCUAUGUUUCCUGUGACUGUAAACAGAGGCAAAACGACUCAAACAAAGUACGGAGCAAUAAAACAUGACUGGCUGGUUGGACAUGAAUUCGGUGCAAAAUAUCAAUGUUCUAAGGGUUGGGUCUACAUUCUCCACCCUACGCCUGAGCUGUGGACGGUUAGUUUGCCACAUCGCACUCAGAUAUUGUAUGCAACUGAUAUUGCUAUGGUUACUAUGCAGUUGGAUUUAAAGCCUGGAUCAGUAGUUUGUGAAUCAGGUACUGGGAGUGGUUCCCUCUCUCACUCCAUCUUGAGGACAAUCAUGCCCAAUGGUUAUCUCCACACGGUGGAAUUCCAUGAAAAGAGAGCACAAACGGCGAGGGAGGAAUUUAAAAUGCAUGGAUUUGAAGACAUAGUAACAGUUUAUCACAGAGAUGUCAUUGAAGAGGGAUUCCCGAUAGAAAAUGAAGCAGACGCCGUGUUCCUUGACAUUCCUAAACCAUACGAUGUGAUUCCUCAUGCAAUUAAAGCUUUGAAAAGAUCAGGUGGGCGAUUGUGUUCAUUUUCACCUUGCGUGGAACAAGUACAAAGGACAUGUCUUGCCUUGCACGAAUCUGGCUGUUUUGAAGACAUAGAAACAAUAGAGCUUGUUACAAAACCUUACAACAUUCGCAAAACGACUCUCCCGAUCGUAAAUUUGGGACUUUCUGACCCAGAGGUACGUGAGGCGUUAUGUGGCAAAGCAAAAGGCAAUCCUAUCCUUCCGUUUGCGUAUGAGGCGGGAAAUUGUUUGCCCGUUGGUGACGUCAUAAUGAUAUCUGAAAAUUCAAACGAAAACACAAAUUCCCGCCGAAAGCAAACUUUGAAACGGAAACAAGAUUGGAAUGAUAGAAACAAAGUAUCACGUGACAAAUCAGCUGAUCAAAUGUCAAAAAGAGCGGAAAACGACGACUCGUUAUCAAAAGAGGAAAAAGAACCCUCUACCCCCACUCCCCCCAGUUUUACUAAAAAUUUGUUCUCGACGAGGACGUGUUCAUCGCCGAAAGAAAUUUAUGGACACACUGGUUAUUUAACUUUUGCUACUUAUUGUGAUUUGUAAUGCCCUUCAUACGGUGAAUUAAAAUUUCUUCAUGAAACGA